UUCUCACAAACCACUCAGCUCAUUUAAUUUUCCCUUCAAAAGUUGAAUUGUUCCCUGAUCUUCCCCCUAAUUAUACUCUCCAUUCAAUAUGGCAGCCCAAACUCCACUUGUAUCCCAGAGAAUAAUAAUUUCACAACCAACAAUGAUGCUCACUACAUCACUAAGCAGCCAGUCUGUUGAUGAGAGUAUAAUCAGAGAACAAGUUUUAUCCACUCACAACCCUGACGGUAGAGAAUUCGACACCAACUUCAUAUUGAGCAUGGCAGAAAAGACUAUUAAUCUCGAGACGGGUACUGCUCAUCAAAAAGUCAUGGUGAAGGAGUUGAAUCAACUAGAAGAGCUCGAUAUUUACAAGGAACUUUCACUUCAUAUCAGACAACUUUCAUUCGAGAUAGCUUCCGGUGCAAUUGCAAAAAAUCAACACUACUCCACCACUAUUCAUCACCUACUGAGCAUUGUAUCUCCUUAUUGUUGGGAGGAUAAGUUAGUCCUUAUGAUUGCAGCUUUCUCCAUCAUCCAUGGAGAAUCUAGCCUUAUUUCAAGACUGCGUAAAGGCAAAGGAUUAGUUGGGAAGUUGGCACAUUUGAAACAAAGUAGCCAUUGUCCAAUUCCAACACCAUCCUCCGACAAAAACCAAACAGCUGAGGAUUAUUGUUGCAUAAGUUCAGCCAUAGAACUCACCAAAUGUGUGGUUCAGCUCAAACAAUGCCUAUCUUACUCCCCUCCACAAUCUCUAAUUUCGGCUUUGCCAAUGGCUGCCUAUUGGAUAGCCACAACUGUUGUUGAUUGUGCUGCCUAUACCUGUGACCCUCAUUUCAAGAUUCAAAAUGAACAUAGGGAAAUAACCACCUUAAUGGCUACUUUCUCUGCAGAACUAGCAAAGAAAAAGAGUGAGGAAUCUUAUGAAGCAUUGCGAAAUGCAUUAUAUCACGGCUCUUCUGAUAAGUUAGAAGUUUUCAAAUUAAUGUUUAAUGUCAAUGAUGAUGAUGAGAUAAUAUUUCAUCGAAAGAAGUACCUUUACGUAACGUUGCGAUUAGUGAUGCUGCUAAUAACAUCAGGUGUUGGCGUCCCUAACGAAUGGAUUCGUUUUUUAAAUUGGUUUCACGAAAAUUCAAGACCACAUAUUAUUUGGAUCCCAAUCACACAGGAUGAUGCAUCAUGGAGCACUGAGUAUGAGCAACAAUGUGAUAAAUUAAGAAACAAGAUAUGGUUCUCUUGGUUGAAAGAUCCAAAAAAAAUGUUGUGGCCACAAUUUACAAGAUUUGUUAAAGAAGAGUUGUUUCAAAAGGGAUGGGGAGAGAAACCCAUAAUUGCUUCAUUUGACCGACGAGGAAGAAUUGUUCACCCAAAUGUCAUCCACAUGAUGCUCACCUGGUCCCCUAGUUAUAUUCAACAAAAUACAAUAGGGGUAAAGGUAAUACCAAAUAACAUAACUCUUUUCAUACAAAACGAGUUGAAGCAAGGGAUUUACGGCAUUGAAGCAAGCUCAGAAUCCUCGAAUUUCCGGCAUAAUGUGGGACCUAAAAUUGACUCAAUGACAACGGAUUUGGUACAUAACAUUGCUGAUAAAAUAAAUGCUUGGAAAAAGGAUGUUGAAGCCAUAAUUGAAGAAAUGACAGCACAAUCUACUCCGUAUGAUAGCGAAAAGGAGAAAAUUUUGUGGCAACAACAAACUUGGACUCUUCAUCUUCUGGCACCACAAUCUGACGACCAUUAUCGCCACUAUUAUACAAUUGGCAUGCCUAUAAAUGAUUGGAUUCGUGAGGAAAAAUAUAUUUUCUUAUAUGGUGGAAACAACAUUAAAUGGAUACGAGAAUUCCUCUGCAAGGUACGUGAAGUUGCCUCCAAAACCCAAAUGAACUUUGAGUUUGCCUACAUUGGAAAAAACAAAAUGGUAAGAGAAACCAUUGCUAAGGAAAGAAUGAGUCAUUGCGCAUUGCUUAAUUCUAAUGGAGUAUGGUGGUUUUGGGCUCGUCUUCGAAGCAAGAAUGCAACAAUUGAAGGAUGGGUGUUAUUAGGCAAAGGAUCAGAAGUGGUUGUAUGUGGACAUGGAAGUAAAAUGUUGCAAGUCCUGAAUGACUACGAGAUUUGGAAGGAAAACAUAGCUAACACCAAAAGUUUUGGCCAAGCAUUCAAAGACCACCACGAGAUGCUUUCCAAGGAUAAGCAUUCUUGUUGUACCCUUGAAUAUCCAAUUACCUUGAGCAAAAUUCCUGAAAAUGAAAGAUGUUCUGAAUGCUCUUGCCGUAUGCAGAAGUUUUUAACUUUCACUUGUUGUCAUGAUAGCGAUGAGUAGUACUUCAUGGUGUAUUUGAUUUUUAUAAUUUUAUUGAACUUAGUGUUAAUUUUCAUUAA